AUUACUUCCUUUCGAUUCCUAUUCACUUGCGUUGUUUGACAACAAGUGGAUACAUAUAGACGCUCGCACAAAAAGAGGUGAAGAUUAUUCGGGCGUGGUCAUAAUGAAGACUGUUUAUACAGUUCUGGUGUUUGUCCUUUUACAAACAGGUAAAGAGCUACAAGUAAAGGGUCAACGUACACCAACAAUAUCUUACAUUUCUCAAGAACAAAUUAAAGAUAUUGGGGAAACUGUAGAAUUUCGUUGCUCCGUUCAAUAUGCACAAGAUUAUCCAGUUAUAUGGACAAAAAUUAAUAAGGACAUGGCCAAUGAACAGCUUCCACUUUCGCAUAGUAGUUCUUUAAUUAUCAGGGACACUAGAUUUGCCCUCAGAUACGACGAGGCAACGUCUACCUUUAUAUUGCAGGUGAAAGACAUACAAGAGACAGAUGCAGGCUUUUAUCAAUGUAAAGUUUUAAUAUCUUCGAAUACUUUUGUAACUGCUAAUGUUGAACUGCAAGUCCGCAGACCACCCGUUAUAAGCGAUAAUUCAACCAGAGCAGUUGUUGUUAGCGAGGGGCAACCUGUGCAACUAGAUUGUUAUGCUGGUGGCUUUCCUUCACCCAAAAUUUCAUGGCGUAGGGAAAAUAAUGCCAUCUUACCAACUGGUGGAUCAAUUUAUCGUGGCAACACAUUGAAGAUUCCUUCCAUUCGCAAAGAAGAUCGUGGAACUUACUACUGUGUCGCAGAAAAUGGUGUAGGACGCGGAAUUGGACGUAAUAUUAAUGUUGAAGUUGAAUUUGCACCUGUGAUUACAGCACCUAGACCACGUCUUGGUCAAGCCUUACAGUACGAUAUGGACUUAGAAUGUCACGUAGAGGCCUAUCCUCCACCAGCAAUCACCUGGUACAAGGACAACACGCAAUUAUCCAACAAUCAGCAUUAUAGUAUAUCACAUUUUGCGACGGCCGAUCAAUAUACCGAUACAACGAUUAGAGUAAUCACCAUUGAGAAGAGACAAUUCGGAGAGUAUGUGUGCAGAGCUGCUAAUAAGUUAGGUACUGCAGAAACGAAGGUUGAUCUGUUCGAAACAACUGUCCCUGUGUGUCCACCAGCUUGUGAUCGAGCCCGUUAUGGGGCAGGAGUAGUACCAUUAUCUUCAGGACCUUUGAUAGUCUUAGUUUUAAUGCUUACAGUUGUUAUGAGAAAUCUCCACGCCAAAUAUUAACUACUCGGGCCUACGAUGGGCAGCAGCAAGUCGAUGCCACUUGUCUGAAUGGCUGCUAAUAGUACUGUGGUUCAUCAUUCUCAAUAGAUACUAGAGAAACAUCACCGAUAACAUUAGGGGCCUGAUUUGUUUUUUAACACUUUUUAGAUGAUUAUUUUUGUAGUUAUUUACAACUAAAAUUGAUUACUAGCGUAUAUAUAUAUAUAUAUAUAUUAGGGGCCAGCCAUAUAAGAGUUGUUGGCGAGGUACAAACUAACAUUCCAGAUGAAGUACAUAGUGAUGCAUAGUGAACAAGAAAAUAAAAUAAAAUUACUGCAUAUCAAUAGUUCGAUAUAUAUAUAUAUGUAUAUUAUAUAGUUCGUCUAUACAGGGUGUUUGGCAGUGGGUGGGGAAAGUUUAAGGGGUGGUCCUUGAGGAGAAUCUAAAGAUGUAAAUGAUAACGGUGAGUAGAGCGACGAUGAUGUGCCGCGUGAAAGUUUCAGGCCGAGCUGGCCUCUUAACUUGCACAUUGUUUUGUUAUGAAGUACGAUUCCCUAAAUUCUCCCGGCCUGUCUCUCAACGCUCGAGGUAUCAGUACAACUGAUAGACGCGAAGGAAGUGAUUGAUAAUAAUGUUACUAGUGGUAUCAAUACAACCUUCCAGAUAGCUCUGGUAGGAGCUCAAAAGUGCAGCAAUACAAUUUUAAAUACUUAAAUCUUGUUAAUCCUCUAUUAAUGAUGCAAAAACUCGAAGUAGCAAUAUUCUAUAUGAUACUCUAUAGCUGCCUUGUUAUGUAAUGUUUGGCAAACACGAAAAGAUAAUAUGAUAUUAACUAAAAAAUAUUUAAAAAAAAAUACUGAUAUUACGAUAUAUUAACUAUACACGUUAGUACCUUGGACCGUGAUGAUAUGCAAAGCAUGUAAUUCGUUUUCUAGAACUAGACCAAUGGUUGUAUAUUGUAGACGAAAUUAUUUAUACAAUUGUGACUAGGAUAUUUUAUAUGUGUGUUACUACUGCGCAUAGACUGCAUACUCAUAACAGGGAUCUUUCGUUUACUUCUUGUCACUUUCAGAUGAAUGCGCAAGUACCGUAAGGCAGACACCCCGUAGAAUCUCAAUAAGUAAGAUUUUUUAUGACCUUUUUACGAGUUUGCAAUUUUAUAUUUACUUCUAGACUAAUGUGAAUUUUAAUAAACGAGAAUUGCGUCAAA